AUUGUAUUAACAGCAUCUCAUUUCAGCAAAUUUUUUACUCCAGCUCUAACAUCCAAGACUUUAAAAAUGCGUGAGUGUAUCUCCAUCCAUGUUGGCCAAGCCGGAUGUCAGAUGGGCAAUGCCUGUUGGGAGUUGUACUGUUUAGAACAUGGUAUUCAACCUGAUGGUCAGAUGCCUUCCGAUAAAACUAUUGGUGGUGGAGAUGACUCCUUCAACACUUUCUUUAGCGAAACCGGAGCUGGUAAACAUGUACCAAGAGCAAUCUUCGUAGACCUGGAACCUAGUGUUGUUGACGAAGUACGAACAGGUACAUAUCGUCAACUGUUCCAUCCAGAACAACUUAUCACUGGUAAAGAAGAUGCUGCUAAUAACUACGCCAGAGGUCAUUAUACUGUUGGUAAAGAACUUAUUGAUCUUGUAUUAGACAGAGUAAGAAAAUUGGCUGAUCAAUGUACUGGUCUUCAAGGAUUUUUGGUGUUCCAUAGUUUUGGUGGGGGGACCGGUUCUGGAUUCACAUCUUUACUGUUGGAACGACUGAGCGUAGAUUACGGAAAGAAAUCAAAGCUCGAGUUUUCAAUAUAUCCAGCACCCCAGGUUUCAACUGCUGUUGUUGAGCCCUACAAUUCCAUCUUAACUACUCAUACUACAUUGGAGCACUCUGAUGUUGCCUUCAUGGUUGACAACGAGGCUAUCUAUGACAUCUGUCGUCGUAAUUUGGACAUCGACAGACCAACAUACACCAACCUUAACCGGCUGAUCGGACAAAUCGUAAGCUCAAUUACAGCUUCUUUGAGAUUUGACGGAGCACUGAAUGUCGACCUGACCGAAUUCCAGACCAACCUUGUACCUUAUCCACGUAUUCAUUUUCCUUUGGCAACUUAUGCACCAGUUAUUUCUGCCGAGAAGGCUUAUCACGAACAACUAUCUGUAUCUGAAAUCACUAACGCCUGCUUUGAACCAGCUAAUCAGAUGGUGAAAUGUGAUCCUAGGCAUGGUAAAUACAUGGCCUGCUGUAUGUUGUACCGUGGUGAUGUUGUUCCUAAAGAUGUCAAUGCUGCAAUCGCUACCAUCAAGACCAAGAGAAGCAUCCAAUUUGUUGACUGGUGUCCAACCGGUUUCAAAGUUGGUAUCAAUUACCAACCACCAACUGUUGUACCAGGAGGUGAUUUGGCUAAGGUCCAGAGGGCUGUUUGUAUGUUGAGCAACACCACUGCUAUUGCUGAAGCGUGGGCACGUCUCGAUCAUAAAUUUGAUCUGAUGUAUGCUAAGAGAGCAUUUGUACAUUGGUAUGUUGGUGAAGGCAUGGAAGAAGGUGAAUUCUCUGAAGCUAGAGAAGAUUUAGCUGCUCUAGAGAAAGAUUAUGAAGAAGUUGGUGUUGAUGGGGCCGAAGAAGACGAAGGCGAAGGUGAAGAAUAUUAGUCCAAUGAACAUUCAAGAUUGAAAAUAAAUCAUAAUUAAUU